AGGCCCCGCUUGCACAAAACAUCUCAAACUGAGAUUUGAGCUCAAAUUGAGAUUUGAACUCAAACUCGAUCUCAAAUUUGAGUAUUUUCUCAACUUGGCUUUCACAAAGUACUUACCCAGAAAAUCUCAACUCAACUUUUGAGUUUUUUCUCAAAUAUUUGAGACGGCUCAAGUGCAGUCUCAAAUCCAAGAUGGCGAUCGCUUACGCGUUAAGGAGACGACGAAUGCGCCGGGAUUGUCGUAGGUUCAGACCGCGCUUCAGGCUUAAUUCAUUCUGUGAUAGGGAAUAUCGGGAACGAUACAGAUUUUCGUUUCAAAGUAUCUUAUUUAUUUUAAAUCUGAUACGCCCGAAGCUUGAGACUGCAACUACGCGUAGCAAAGCUAUCUCGCCAAUUUUGCAGUUGUUAGUAGCGUUAAGGUUUUACGCUACUGGGUCCUUCUUUCGUCUCAUCGGCGAUUCCGUGGGUUUGUCCGAGGCAUCGGUAUGUCGUUGUGUACAUAAAGUAUCAGCAGCAAUAGCAAGACUUGCUCGACGAUUUAUCACUUUUACAGACGACGUGAACACGAAGCAACACUUCUACAAAUUGAGCAGUAAGUAUCCACAACUUUUCCUUGUGCGAAGUUGGCGGUUCCCCAAUGUUGUUGGGUGUUUGGAUUGUACACAUGUAAGAAUUCAAGGACCCACAGAAAAUGAGAAGGAUUUUGUGAACCGCAAAGGCUUUCAUUCACUGAAUGUCCAGAAUAAAAAGAUGCCACGAUCAACUACAAAUUCUGACCCAGCUUUGUACAUUUUGCUUUCAGGAACAUAUGAUGGGCUCCUGUUGGGAGAUUCAGGGUAUCCCUGUAGACAUUUCUUAAUGACACCUUUCAUCAACCCCAGCACCAAUGAGCAGCAGAGGUUCAAUAACUCCCUGUGCAGGACCAGAACAACUAUUGAGCAGACAUUUGGCAUAUUAAAAAGAAGGUUUGCUUGCCUUUCAGUUGGGUUGAGAGUGGCACCAACCAAGGCAGCAGGGAUAAUCAUGGCCUGUGUAGUAUUACACAACAUAGCACAAGAAAAGAAGGAAGUGUUGAAUUGUGAACAUCAAAAUAAUUAUAAUGAAGUUGGAAAUCAAUUAAACUAUGUUGGUCCUGAUGCUGGUGGUGCAGGAGUGAGAAACCACAUCUGUCAAAAUAAUUUCCGUUGAUGAAUUCUUUCAAUACACACAGAAUUAGAAUACUGACAUAUCCAGAACAAGGUUGGGUUAAUUGUAAGUUGUAUAAAGUUUGUAAUUAAUUAACCUAUAAAAAAGAUAACAUUCAUCAGUCAUAAUUGAACUAUUUUAUAGACAUAGCUAGCUGCAUCAUACAGAUCCAACAAUUUCAAAGAUAUAUUGAUAUACAUGAGAUGUAAAUUCCAUUAAAGUCAUUGAUACAUACAAGAAUAUGUAAACAUCUGAUGCAAGUACUCGCAUACAUAUAAUGAUAUUUUUUCAGUAUAACUCUA